GCGACACCACCAAAAAAAAAUGGGAGCAAAAAAAAAAAAGAAAAAAAAAAGGUGGCAUCUCUCCAUUCGCAUUCUCUAUCUCUUCGCAUUAAAAAGAAACUGCGAAAACAAGAACGGAGCCAUGGUUGCCCCACCAAAAGCUAAUCAACACCCAUCCAGAUCGCCAGCAUGACGACCCAGAUAUUUUCCCUCUUCCCUACCAAUGCCUUCCCAUUUUAUAUCAACUACCGUUCUCUGUCUUCCUGUCCUCUGCUUUCUUUAUUCUCCAUUACUCCCUCAUCCCCAUCUCAACGGUUACUUGCUUUCCUUUCAAUGCACAAUACAGCAUAACGGCUCUCCCAUUCUCAAUAUCAUCCUCCUGAGUCCUAACACCAUCACCGCUCUAGAGAGAGAGAAAGACAGAUGGAUUUCUCUUCGUUUCUGACGUCCCUUGCGACGUCCUUCAUCAUAUUCCUGGUUCUGAUUCUCCUCUUCUCCUGGCUGUCGAGGAAACCGGGCAACGACGUGGUGUACUACCCGAGCCGGAUCCUCAGAGGGCUGGAUCCGUCGGAAGGAGGGUCCAGGACCCGGAAUCCGUUUGCCUGGAUCCGGGAAGCCCUCACUUCCUCCGAGCAAGACGUUAUUGCCAUGUCUGGGAUCGACAUUGCCGUCUACUUCGUCUUUCUCAGCACUGUGUUGGGCAUUUUGGUUGUAUCCGGCAUUCUGCUGUUACCAGUCCUUCUACCAGUUGCUGCUACUGAUGUGGGUGUGAAGUUAAGCAGCACCAGCACCACAAGCAAUGGAACUUUCAAUGACAUUGACAAAUUAUCCAUGGGGCAUGUCAAAGAGAAGAGUCCAAAGUUUUGGGCAUUCUUAAUAGCCACAUAUUGGGUGUCUUUUGCUUCAUAUUAUUUAUUAUGGAGAGCAUAUAAACAUGUAUCUAAGCUGCGAGCUGCUGCUCUGAUGUCUCCUGAGGUGAAAGCUGAGCAAUUUGCCAUUCUUGUCAGAGACAUGCCUCCUGUUCCUGAAGGUCAAACUAGAAAGGAGCAGGUUGAUUCAUAUUUCAAAACUAUCUAUCCAGAUACAUUUUAUCGGUCAAUGGUCGUCACGAACAACAAAGAGGUGAACAAAAUUUGGAAAGAGUUGGAGGGUUACAGGAAGAAGCUUGCACAUGCUGAAGCUGUGUAUGCAGAGUCAAAAACAACUGGCAAACCCGAAGGAAAGAGACCCACAAACAAAACUGGCUUCCUUGGUCUAGUUGGUAAAAAAGUAGAUACCAUAGAAUACUGUAAUGAGAAGAUCAAUGAGCUCAUCCCAAGAUUGGAAUCUGAACAAAAAGUCACCCUGAGAGAGAAACAGGAGGCUUCAGCUCUGGUCUUCUUUAGUAGCAGGUUGACUGCUGCUGCUGCAGCUCAGAGUCUUCAUGCCCGAAUGGUUGAUACGUGGACAGUUACAGAUGCUCCUGAACCUCGACAAUUAAUAUGGAAGAAUCUUCUAAUUAAGUUUUAUGAGAGGCAAAUACGACAGUACAUUGUGUACUUUAUUGUAGCAUUGACCAUAUUAUUCUUCAUGAUUCCAAUUGGAUUUAUUUCUGCAUUUACAACUCUGGAAAAUCUGAGGAAGCUUCUGCCAUUUUUGAAGCCAGUUGUGAAAAUUGAAGCGAUUAAGACAGUAUUGGAAGCCUACCUCCCUCAGAUUGCUCUUAUUGUUUUUUUGGCCAUGUUGCCAAAGCUGCUUUUGUUUCUAUCUAAGCUUGAAGGAAUUCCUUCAGAGAGUCAUGCAGUGAGGGCUGCUUCUGGGAAAUACUUUUAUUUCACGGUGUUGAAUGUUUUUAUUGGAGUCACUGUUGGAGGAACCCUGUUCAGCACAUUCAAGACCAUCCAGAAAAAUCCAAACUCAGUUGUCUCCUUGCUUGCUAGUAGCCUCCCAGGCAAUGCAACUUUCUUCCUAACUUAUGUGGCUCUGAAGUUUUUCGUUGGCUAUGGGCUUGAGCUGUUCCGAAUAGUUCCCCUAAUUAUGUAUCAUCUAAAGAGGAAGUAUCUUUGUAAGACUGAAGCUGAGAGGAAGGAAGCUUGGUUUCCCGGAGAUUUUGGGUAUGGAACUCGAGUUCCUGGUGACAUGCUGAUUGUCACAAUUGUUCUUUGCUACUCAGUGAUAGCACCUCUAAUUAUCCCAUUUGGUGUGGCAUAUUUUGGCUUGGGAUGGCUUGUUCUUCGGAAUCAGGCGUUAAAAGUUUACGUUCCAUCUUAUGAGAGUUAUGGAAGGAUGUGGCCACACAUGCAUCUGCGCAUCGUAGCUUCUCUGAUUUUAUUCCAAGUUACCAUGGUUGGUUACUUUGGAGUGAAGAAGUUUUACUACGCACCCUUCUUGAUUCCACUUCCCAUACUGUCCUUGCUCUUUGCCUAUGUUUGUAGCAAUAAAUUCUACCGUUUCUUCAGUGCGUCAGCUCUUGAAGUUGCAUGCCAAGAUCUGAAGGAAAUUCCGAACAUGGAACAUAUCUUCAGAUCUUAUGUGCCCCCGUGCUUGAGUUCCGAUAAGAUGGAUGAUGAGCAGUUUGAAGAUGCUUUAUCUCAAGUUUCAAGAACAGGUUCUUUUGUAUGAUGUGCGUGUGCAUGUGUAUUUUCCAUUGAAGUUUUAUGUUCUCUGUAUAAUUAUGCUUGAUACCUUGCAUUAGGAACUUUGCUUUUGGUUUGUAUUAUUAUGUAAACCAUUGAUGAUUUCGAUAGGCAGCAUGUGUUUCAAAGUGUGGGAAUGAACAACUGAAAAGAUUCCCGUUAUGUUCUGUAGGUAUUUUGUUUUCUUCUUGAUUGAUAUUUGAAAUGCAAGAUUUUUUUUUUGUCAGAUCA